AUGUCCGGGGUGUCGGCGAAGGGGUCACAGGUGAGGAGUCCCGCGGCAGUGUCGACCCACCAGAGCUUGCCGCUGUGGGAGACGACGUCGCGGAAAUUCCAGAUCCAGCGCGGGAGCAGGUUGCGGACGGCCUUGGUGACCGAGGCGCCGGUGUGGGACGAGAAGCAGUGGAGCGUGGCCUGGGCGCCGCCGUCGAUGGACUAG